AUGACUUACCAAAUCCCUAUCAUUGACUUUAAGGACUUUGAGACUCGCUCUGCCGAGAUUGCCAAGGAGGUGUUCGAAGCAUGCACAACCAUUGGCUUCUUUUAUGUUGCCAAUCAUGGCAUCCCACAAGAGAUGAUAGAUGGCGCUUUUGCAUUGUCCAAGCAGUAUUAUGAUUUGCCAUUCGAGGUCAAGGACCAACAAGCCAUCAAGGACAAUCGUGGAUACACGGGGCUCUACGUACAAAGGCUCGAUCCUGAUCGUCAAAGACAAGGUGACCACAAAGAAGCUUUCAACUUUGGUGCCUUUCGCAAUGGUGAUUAUGCCUGGCCACUUCCUGAAAUCUUUAAGCAGAACAAAGACCAAUUGGAAGGGUUCUCACGUCGCUGUCAUGCAUCUGCCAUGAACAUUAUGGAGGCUAUGGCUAUUGCUCUCGAGAUCCCCGAAAAGGAUGGAGGAAAAAACUGGUUUACUAGAGCCCAUGUUUAUGAUUCGCCCAAUUCGGCUGGCACACUACGCUUUCUAAAGUACCCUCAUGGAGCAGAGUCGACAUACAAGGAGCCAGUGAGAGCUGGAGCACAUACGGAUUAUGGAACCAUUACGUUGUUAUUCCAAAAGGACAUUGGUGGCCUUGAGGUGCAAGCAAGUCGCACCGAAUGGAUCUCAGCUCCUAUCAUUGAAGGCACCAUCCUUGUGAAUGUGGGCGGUAUGUUCGAAUAUUGGACAAAUGGGCUUUUCAAAUCUACCAUGCAUCGUGUUGUUUUCAGACCUGAGCACCAAGAAUAUGACCGAUACUCCAUUGCCUUUUUCUGUCAAGCGGAUGGCAACUUUUCACUUGAUCCAAUUCCUAGCAAAGUUAUCCCAGAAGAACGUCCUGCUUCUGGUGAGAUCCCUGCCGACAAGGUGGAUAAAAUCACAACAGCUAGAGAUUAUUUGGAUAUGCGUUUGCAGGCUGCCUAUGCUGCACGUCCCCAAGCUGUUUGA